UACUGUGUUGAAUCAGUGUGAAUCCUGAGAUGAAUAUUCGGCGGCUAAUUUUAUUCGGCGUGUUUAUUUUUGAACGAAAAGCGAGCUAAUAUUUUAUAAACGAAUUUGACUUUCUGAUUGUUACAGAGCGAGAGUGUUUUUGAUUUCGUGUUAAAUUUAGAUUUUUUAUGGCAUUAAUAUUAAUGCAGUAUAACCUCCUGAAAAUAAACCUUUUCCAAUGCAUAAAUCGAAGGCAGAUUUGCUGUGACUAGAAUUGUUGUUGUAUGUGCAACGCGGUUCAAAACAGUUAUUUUUUAGGGAGACGACAUGUGGAUCUCAAGUGAAGAUCUCAGAACAGAAGGUAGCAGCGACGAAGAAACUCAAGGCGGCAGCAGAGGCCGCAGGACAAAGAAGAACAGGAAACAGAGAAAAUCCGGAAUGCUGGACUCUUCCAAAAGCACUUCAUCCUUAGCCUCGACAUCUUCCCAUUCCACAGAAUCCUCCAUGAAAGACAUUGGGGGCUGCACAAGUGAAAUAGAAAAGUCCACCAUCGAAGCCAACAUAGAUUUGAAUUCCGAGCGUUUCUCCGUUUUGCAUAAUCCGUUUUUCACUGAUAUUUUCCCGGAUAGCGCCGCUGGUACCAGCGGCAUCAGUCUAGCAUCUAGUGACUCGGGAAUGGAUGCUCUUAAUCUGGAGAGCCGGUGGAGACCGAAGAGGGGCAGCUUGAAAUAUCCCAUCCUAGUAGAGGGUACGUCGGUAGAGGUUUGAUGAAGCGUUUUAAGUUUAAAUGUAGCCAAAACACCAAAAAUAUUACUUCUAGGUUAGACAGAGAAAAAUAGUUUCUUUAUAAGCUUUUUUACUAUAUUUUAUAAUAUUUUACAACCGUUGCUAGGUUGCUCGCUGAAAGAAAAGGUGUAAACCUACCUUUAGCCAAAUUUAAGACAGGGAUUUACCAGUAAAAUUGUGUUUUUAUAAAGUUUUUAUACUACAAAGGUAUUUUUGUAAGAAUACAUUUUAGAAUGUAAUCAGGAACUGGUUUCGUAUUUUAUAAUAAAAUUAAAUAAAACUGAUGAGUGUUAGUUGCAAAAAUAGUAUUAAUAAAUUAUCGAGAAAAGAAAAGUAAUUAAUUGUUAAUUUAUUUUUUCUUAUAUUUGAUCAUUAUUGGUUCUGCUGUUACUAUUGUGAUAAUAUACCUGUUUUUCUGUUAGAUGAUGUAGAGUUGGAUGAUAUACAGGGUGAUUCAGUCAUAAUGUCAUUAAUUUUAAAGGAAGACUGGGAAAAAUGCGUAGAAUAUAUUAAAAUACAUUUUUAUCCUGAAAAAAAAAAAAAAAAUAAAAUCAUUAUUUAAACCUCUUUUCGGUCCGCUCCUGACCGCAAAAAUUUAUCGAGAGUGAAUUUUGACCUACUAUAUUAUUCGGUCACUAACCUAGCUUUAACUGCGCUUUUAAUCCGUAGUGAACGAUAAGGAAAAAACAGAUCUUUUUACCUAGACGCAUCAAUGAAUAAGAUAAUUUUUUACAUUUUAAAUAUUAACAAGUACUUAUUAUUUAUUUGCUAAUAAAAACAAAUGGGUAA